UCCUUUCACUUUAUCUGCUUUGACUUGACAAAAUCGUGGGCACACGGCAGGUUCUUCUUCAUAUUUCUGAUGCUGCUGUCCUUGUGCUUCUAUCUUAGAAAAGGAUUGCAUAGCACAUAUCCCAGAAUGCAGAGGAGCACUUUCUCUAGCAUGUUCACCUUCAUUGUGUUGUGUUGGGAAGUUUGGGAAGGAUCACAUGGCUUUCAGAAUGACACCUUGUUUGUGCAUGGCCAUCUGAAUGUGACUCCAGGUUCACUUCCCAAACCAAAGAUCUCUGCCAAUGCUUCCAUUUUCCACAAUUCAUCCGGGGUAACUAUUACACUGGACUGCCAUUUUGAGAACGAACACUGGCCCACCAACUACACCUGGUUCAAGCUCGAUCCAAAGACCGGUGACCACACCAAGGUCAGUGAAGGAGCCACCUUUCAGUUCAGUACAACAGACCUGGGGGGCAAUGACAGUUACAUAUGCAGUGCAAUGACCCUCAAGGACAGCGUCAAUAUCACCUGGACGUCAGCCUUGGAAAGUAAAAAUGUUUCCAUCACCUCUGACCCAAAGAAACUCUUCGUCUUUGAAGGAGAAGCACUCACCCUCAUUUGCCAGGUGGAUCCUGGCUCCACAACCUUCUGGUUUGCCUGGUACAAGGGGUCCAUUGAGGACUCUGUUCACUUACCUAAAAACAAUAAACAGAAGCUGCAGCUGACAAAAAGUGAAGAAAGCGGCAACUACUACUGCCAAGCCAGUUGGCAACACCUGGGGAGAAACAUCACUUUAAGAAGCAAUGUUUUCCAGGCAUUCAUUUUUCCAAAACCAGCAGGCCAUGGCGUAGCAGGCUGGGCGCUGACUUUGUCUCUGUUUGCUUUGAUUGGCUUGUGUGCCUCCUGGAUCAUCUAUCACUUCCGAAAAAUCAUGUGCAGCAACCUGCCUGUUGCCACAAUCAUUCAUACUGAAGUUACAGAAUCACAGAAUCCCAACCCAUCUAUUAGCAAGCAGGUUCGUGGAGCAGCCAGAGCCCAAUCAUCCAGCAGCGGGAGAACCAACCAGAAUAAGGGCAGGCCCUCUCAGGAUAUUCGCAUGUCUGCCAGUGUCAAGAAGAAACCAGGAUCAGCCUCACCCCAGGCUGCCAGUAACAGCACUGAUGGUAUUUACAGCCCACUAUGUCAGGAAACAAUGUCGCACAAUGAUGUGUACAAUAUCCUGUCAUAGCCUGUUAGAAAGCCAGCGGUUUGUCUUAAAAAGCCUCGGAAGAGCAUCAUAAGCCUGUCGCAUUACACCUCGGUGCAUAUCCCAUAAGUCUUUAGCACUGUGUGACUCCUUCAAGGUCCUGAACAGACAGUUGUCUCGGUAUCUCUUUAGUGAAUCCUAUUGAAGUCUUUAUCAUACUGGUAGCCCCAUGUACUUUUACAUAUUGGUGAGCUCUUUGGGUUCACCAGACUGGGUCCGUCACUGACUCACCUCCCUGUAAUUUAUUACAGCGCUUCUCGGUUGUUUCUGGCUACUGCUCCAAAGGUGCCAGCCAAAUUAGAAGUAGGCCCUCCGGUCUUUACAGAUUUACAAUUAAUCUCAUCUUUUCUUUUGCCUCAGCUGGCAUUCAACUAUUUAGACUGUAUUAACCAUUCUGGUGAAGGAAUUCUCCACCCAAAAACGAUAUUUUUGAAUUUAAGCCACAGAAGAGACCAGUCUUAAAUUCAGAAGCUCGUUCCCAUGUGAGCUCAUUUCAUCUGCUUGCACUGCUGUGAUUUUCUGAAAAUAUUUAGUUAAUAUUUUAGCAAAAAAUAUGUGUUUUGCCUGUUGUGGGCUUACGACUGGAUGACUUGACGUGUGUACGUGUGAACGUUAUUGUUUUACAAGAGAAAGACCAGGAAAUGGGAAAAACUGGGAAGUAAAGCCAUAUUUUUUAUCAAAACCAAAAACAAACCAUGAGAAUCGAAGUCAAAAGAAAUAAAGCCAAAGGGUUAUAGCCAAAAUAAAUGCAAAAUUCGAAAGGUUUUAUCCAUCAAUAGAGACUGGCAGCCUUGCAUGACCUUUGAACUCCUUUCAGUAAUUGACCUUAGCAUCAUGAUUUCUGAAGCCUCACCCCUAGUAUGCCAAAUCAAGAGUGCCAAAGGUGCAGCUUCCUAGUCUGGAAAAAAAAAUGGCAUCCAAAACACUAUCGAAAUAAUUGUAAAAUCAUGAAAUGUAACCCUGAUCCUAAAACAAAUGUUAAAAAUUGAGUCUUUGUCCUGAAAACCUCCACACUCAAAGAUUAAAGGGUUAAACAAUCUCAAAGCCAUGUAAAAGAAAAUCAAAUUCCUCGCAGACUCAUAACAGCGUGUAGAUUAUGUAACACAAGUAAACUCAGAUUUUUUCAUAGACGUUUUGUUUGUUGUUGGCUAUUCUGUCUAAAAGUUUGUUAUGUACAUUCUCCACAAAAACAUAAGCUUAAACAUUUUUCUUGGCCAUCACUACAAACCACAAGGUAACAUAUAAAAAAUAUAUUACUUCUGAGUGGAUUGUUCCUUUUUGUGGCCCAUGGAGAAUUUCUGCUUAUCCUGUGGCACUAACCACAUCUGGCCCAUUAGCGAACACUGAACUUCCAUGCUUGUCCACUAGAUGGCACUGUAAAGAUCCUUACACUGAUGCAUGCCUUCAGAAACAUAUUCUUAAUUAAAAUAUGGCAUUUGCUUUUGUUUCAUUUGAGUUAUAGGCUUUUAUCUUUAUUUUUUAGUAUUGUUAUUGUGAUAUCAUUGUCAUUUUGUGUGUUUGUUAGCACAGACACCCCCAUUUUGUGUUUGUAGAUAUUAUGGCUGUUUUAUGUUUUUUUUAUUUACGUGUUGUUAUGAUCCUGCAUGGUCAAUAGACUUGUGGCACAUGUGGUGCGUGGCCUGUGUUAUUACAAUGGCCGUGAUAUAGGAUAAAAACGUGAAAGAGGAAAGUAUAUUUAGAAAGAAAUCUGGUUUUGACUUUUGUUAUGUUUCACGUAUGACUUUGGCUCUGUCCUUAAAGAUUUUAAUGAACAAAUUAAAGAAUCUACUGCAACAACCUUAGCUUAAGAGUUCAUCAGUCAUUUUGUUUUGCCCCAAACACCGAUGCCUGCAAUUUCUAGUCAGAAGUUGCCAAAUGCAGUUGCUGAUCUUUCACGUCUCGUCUCUCAUAAUGGGUUUGGAUGAGGGUGUGCGUCUUUUGGUAUAAACAUUAACUGUCCCAUCUCAAACAUUUACAAAAUCAAGGAUGACCAGGCAUGAUGGUUAUGGGGAGACAAUGGUAACAAGGAAAAGUGGGAAUGUACUUUGCGCAGACGGGAGCCUCCUACAUCAGAGAGACUUCACACUUCAGGCUUGUGCUCCAGCCCCUUUGUAGACAUGCGAGGCCACUCAGAUCAGAUGCACAAUUCACUCCAUUCUGUCGUAAACUGUAAAACAUGAGAAAUUAUAGAAAGUGGAGCUUCUGAUCUGUUUGUGAGGUUCAAAGCCCCGUUGUUGUACUUCCGGAUAACAUGCAUAAGUUGUCAGCUCUCAUGCAUACAAAGUUCACCCCAUGAUGCAGUUGCUGAUCUUGUCAGUGGAUCCUAUCAACUUAAUUGAAUGAAAAAUC